UCUAUCCCUAAGGCCGCCGACGCCAUGUUAGACGCCAUGCACGUCAUGGAGUGGUGCCCGGCGCUACGUUCGGCAGUCCUUUGCCGCCUGGCCAAAGCCAAAGGCGUGAUGGUGAGAGACUACACGUCAAAGCAUCCAACCAAUCCGAAGCGUUGGAAAGAACAAGAAGACGCGUUUAAAAGCGCCGCCUUCCACCUCAUUUUGCCGUUCAUGGCGUACUUCAAGGGCGUCUGCCUGACGACGAUCGACUGCAGUGAGCACAGCCUGCUGAAGAUGGUUGGGUACUAGUGGGGUGAAUGGGACCCGGAACGAUCCAUCACCCAGACCGAGCUCUCGAGUAAGUUCCGAGCCAUGAUUUCCGCCCUGCGCGUUUUGGCCAAGCUCCACCUGGUAAACCUCCUCGACCGUGUUGUUGAACGUCCUUUCCUCGUGCCUUUUGUCGCACCCUGGUCCCAUGUUGAUGCAAGCAGGCGACGAGCGGUGUUCCCUACAUAUUACGCAGGCCUCUUAGUAGCAGGUUCUAUGCAGCGAGUGGUCGUGGGUUUUAUUGCAACAAGUGGCUAUGGCAUGGCAAGGACGACAGAGUCAAGUUUCCAUCCUUGGUAGUGGCUCAUGCGGUACAAGGCUGUCUCCUGCUGUCGUUUCGGCCUUGCGUUUCCAAUUAAUAGCAGUGCAUGACGUCGCCCCACCUAACGCGGGGGUAGGUAUCGCUCGUACGUCGUGUACUUCGGUCGUGUACGGUACGUGUGGCAACCACUAGAUGAAAACACCAGGGAGCCCCGCGCGAACCGCGUUUGCCGCGCAUACGUACAUGAAUGAGUGGUGCUCCACUGGGACUGUCGCCACAUGAAAUGGGGGAUCGUGUGCACCUCUUUAUGGCUU